GUUUAAAUGGCAUUUUUCAAAAAAUUUACAGAGAAAGCAAGCGCUAUUAGCUCAAUUGCUAAGGAAUACUACGAUGAAGGCAUCCAUUAUGCCUCUAAAGAAUUGGAGAAGGAGAAAUCUCAGCAGAAAUUACAAAAGAGAGGAGAAGAGUUCAAAGAAGUCGAAGAUAUUCAGAUUAAGAAGACCAAUUCUAACUCUCAAGUGAAGGCCAAUGCUAAUUUAGAUGAGCUCUCUUCUGAUAAUAAUGAUGAGGACACUAGCGAGAAUAUUGAAACACUUGAUGGAGACACUGACACAGAGGCUCUCAAGGAGUACGAGAUCCUGCUGGAGAACGCUAGGAAGAGAGACGAGACUUACCAGGAAUUAAUAAAAGAAAAUGAGUAUAAAAUUAUUGAGCUUUCCGAUACUAACAAAUUGCUAACUGAGAAAAUAAUGGAUUUGGAAGGAAAAUUAGAGCAAUUCAAACCUCACAAAUCUCAAGCAGAAGUUUCCAAGACAGAUUUCAAGAAAUUAAGCGAUAUCAGUCAGAAGCUGAAGCAGUUCAAGGAAGAUAUUGAUUUCAACCUUUUCACCAGAAAAGAUCCUGAUUCCUUUGGAAAAAUAUGCAUGAUUAAAUAAAGCUAUUGCAAUGGCAAAGACUAAGGCUGUUUUAGCACAGAAUGCAAAGCUUCAGGAAAGAGUAGCAAACCAAGACCUUGAAAUCGAUGACCUUAAGCAUAAAUUGGAAAAUCAGAUACUUAAAGACAGAAAAGUAAAAUCUCUAGAGAAGAAAAUCGCUGAACUCGAGGCUUUAAAGGGAAACGAAGCUAUAUUAAAGAAGGAAAAUGAUGAACAGAAGCUGAAGAUUUCAAGACUCAAUGAAGAACUUGAGGAGAUUAGGAAGAACAAGGAUAUUCUUGUCGAACACUCGACCUCAACUGAUGAAACAAUCAACAAAUUCAAGGAAUUUUGGGACUUUAUCCUCAUGGAUCAUGAGAAAGUGCUAAAUAAUCUUGACAAAAAUAUCCCGAGUUUUAAAUCCUUAUUCAACAAAUUAGAUGCGAAUGAGAAGCAGAGGUUCAAGCCUAUUUUACAAAUAGUGGCUCAUUCCUUACAAUUUCUGAAGAAGAUAGUCUCGUUGGAUGAGUCAUAUAACUUCAUUGCUAAUGUGAACGAAACAUACGACAUGGUGAACAGUAACGAUCAUGAUAAAGCAGAGCUGCUCCAGAAGCAACUGUCCAUUAUGCAAGAUGAGUGCACCAAGCUCAGGGAAAGAGAAGCUCACUCAAAGCAAAGAAUUCGAGAAAUAGAAAAAGACCUUAAGCAACUUGGAGAAAUCGAGGAAUAUAAGAAGGAGAAAGAUGACCUUGCUGAAGAGCUUGAAGAGACUAAGGAAAGAUUUGAGACCAUUGUUAGGGAAAGUAAGGAGUAUAAGCAGCAAUUACUCCUCAAAACUAACCAGCUCAAGGAGAACGAAAAGCUCAUUGAAGGCCUGAACUUUAAGGUAAUGAAAGCUCUAGAUACUGAGAGCAAACUUGAUGACGCACUCGCUCAAAAUGAUAAAUUAAGGACUGAGAUCGACCAAAAAGAGCAUGAGAUUCAAAUGACUUUAGCAGAUUACAAGAAUAUCCAAGAAGCAUUGGAUGAGAUAAAUGAGUCUUCUCAGCUACCUCAAGUUGAAGAGAAGCCUAUCGUCAAGAAUACAGACAAAGAUUACAAGAAGAAGUACGAAGCUGUACAGGAUAAGCUCUCAGACCUCUUGCCAAAGGUAGAAAUGGUAGAGAAAUACAAAGUCCAGAUUGAGGAGCUCUGUAAGGCGAAUAUUGACCUGAAGAGCAGGUAUAAAGAGAUGGAGAGGAAUAUGACCAAGAAGAUAGAGAAAGAAUCCCUUGAAUACCUUAAGUCAAAGAACCUUGUAGAUAGUGCCAUGAUUAACACCUUCUUGGUCCAAUACCUUCGUCAUGGAGACGACCCUGCUAUUCAGAGGCAGAUGCUUCUUGCUAUGUCUGGCAUUCUUAACUUUACAGAGAAAGAGAAGCAAAUUAUUGGGUUGGUAGAGAAAGAUGAGAAUUUUGAUAAUAUCUAUAUCGGUGCCAAAUUUAUUGAUUUCAUUAGUGAAAAUGAGAAAUUUGGCUUAUUUGAUUAGAAGACCAGUAAGAUAUUGAAGAAAAGUUACCUUGAUAAUAAUGCGAUGAAAAGUAAAAUGGUUCAAUUUUGAAAUGU